AUGGAGAAUUUUACAGAUCCCGUGUUUUCCUCUGAUCAUUUACUUAACUACUUGCCGGAAAACCCAAUAAAAGAAUAUUUUGCAAAUGCUUGGAUUUAUAUGACAAAGAACUACACAAAGUUUCAAAUUGCAACAUGGGGAUCACUGAUCGUGCACGAGUUGGUUUACUUUGCUGCUUGUGCGCCAGGAAUAAUCUUCCAGUUUUUACCAUUCAUGAAACGAUUCAAACUACAACCAAACCGACCGGAGACAUUUGACGGACAGUGGAAAUGCUUUAGGCUCCUCAUGUUCAAUCACUUUUGUAUACAGUUGCCCCUUAUUGCUGGAACCUACUUGUUCACAGAAUUUUUCCAGAUCCCUUAUGGGUGGGAUGAGAUGCCACCAUGGUAUAACAUAGCCCUGCGAGUGUUUGGCUGUGCUGUGAUAGAAGACACCUGGCACUACUUCCUGCACUGGGCCCUGCAUGACAAGAGGGUCUACAAGCACAUCCACAAAGUCCAUCACCACUUUCAGGCUCCUUUUGGCAUGACUGCAGAGUACGCUCAUCCUGCAGAAACAUUAAUCCUGGGUAUGGGCUUCUUCAUCGGCAUCCUGCUACUGGCCAACCACGUGAUUCUGCUGUGGGCUUGGGUGACUGUCAGACUUCUGGAGACCAUCGAUGUUCACAGUGGAUACGAUGUUCCCUACCUGAAUGUGUUUCAUCUGUUCCCUUUCUAUGGAGGUGCUAGGUUCCACGAUUUCCACCACUUAAACUUCACCGGGAACUAUGCCUCAACUUUCACCUGGUGGGACAAGAUCUUUGGUACAGACAAGCAGUUCAAAGAGCAUUACGCAAAACUGGAAGACAAAAAGAGCAAAUCACAGUGA